AUGGCUGAAAAGGACGACGUUGCCUAUGCUUCUCACGAUGAGAAUGAGAAGAUCGCACAGGCUCCGAAGCCAGAAGAGCCCGAGAUGGCUGACAUGAGUGGCCGUCGGCAGUCGGUCGCUCUCAACAUCGUCGAGAAUCCACUCCAGCGCAGCUCCCCGCAACAGACCGUGGCCGAUGCCCAAGCUUUCGCCGAGUCGCAUGGCAUGCCCGAGCACGCCAGUCUGUUCGGCCGCGCCGCCCUCGUCGCGCGGGACCCCGAGCGAUUCGAGAUGCUCAGCGAGAUCGAUGACCAAGAGCGCCACGCGCUUGCAUACGAGAGGGACCAUAAGUGGCACGGCCCGUUCAUGCUCUGGUACUCGAUCUCGCUGUGUGCCGUCGGAGCCGCCACGCAAGGAUGGGAUCAGACGGGAUCCAACGGCGCCAACUUGUCCUUCCCUCAGGAUUUUGGCAUUGAUGGUGAAGGGAGAGAUGAAUGGAUCGUGGGAAUCGUCAAUGCCAUCAUCUUCUUGACUGCCGGUCUCAUAGGUGCCUUCAUUGUCGAUCCACUCAACCACUACUUUGGCCGGAGAGGCGAGAUUUUCAUCACUGCUUGCUGUCUUACUGCCACGCCAAUUGGUUCCGCCUUCGCACAGUCCUGGCAAGGACUUUUCGCGGCACGAUUUGUUAUGGGCAUCGGCAUCGGUGCAAAGAAUGCCACAGUCCCUAUCUAUUCGGCCGAGAUGGCUCCGCAUCGAAUUCGAGGUGCCCUCGUCAUGUUUUGGCAGCUCUGGGUUGUGGCCGGUAUCUUCCUGGGCUUCUGCGCCAACGUCAUUGUCAAAGACACCGGUGAUAUCUCCUGGCGUCUCCAACUCGGCUCAGCGUUCAUUCCAUCCUUCAUCCUUGGCAUCGGUAUCUUCUUUUGCCCCGAGUCGCCUCGUUGGCUUAUGAAGCACGGCAAGAUUGCGCAAGGAUUCCGAUCCAUGAACCGCCUGCGGGCUCACCCCAUCAUCGCUGCAAGGGACUUCUACUACUCGUACGUUAUCUACGAGGAGGAAAUCAAGGUGGCCCGUGGCGCGGGCUACUUCUCCCGUCUGUGGGACUGUUUCGCCGUGCCUAGGAUCCGGCGAGCCAACUACGGUGCCUCGACUGUCAUGAUUGCUCAGCAGAUGUGCGGUAUUAACAUCAUCUCUUUUUACAGCUCAACUAUCUUCGAAAAUGUCGGCUACACACCGACCCAGGCAUUGUACGCAUCUCUUGGCUACGGUGCCAUCCAAGUCGUAGCCACGAUCCCUACCCUGUUCCUCAUCGACACCAAGGGCCGAAGAACCCUGACUUUGCUUACCUUCCCCGGAAUGUGCAUCUUCCUGCUAGCCGCCGGCCUCUCCCUUCUGAACCAUUCCGGUAGCCGUGGCGAACAAAUUGGACCAGUCGUUUUAUUCGUCUACCUCUUUACCAUCUGCUACAGCUUGGGUGAAGGCCCAGUCGCCUUCCAGUACUCCGCCGAAGUGUUCCCCACCAUCCAGCGAGAGCAAGGAAUGGCUUGGGCCGUCUGCAUCAACAACACUUUCGCCGGCAUCCUCAGCUUGACAUUCCCUCGAAUGCAGACCGUCAUGACUCCCACUGGUGCCUUCGGUUUCUAUGCCGGACUUAACCUGGUUGCGUGGUUUAUGAUCUUCUGCUUUGUCAGAGAGACCAAGCAACUCACAUUGGAAGAGCUAGACCAGGUCUUCUCAGUCCCGACGAAGAGUUUCCUCAACUACGAACUCACCGUGUGGCUUCCUUGGUUCAUCAAGCGCUACAUUUUCCGCCGCAAGAUCGAGCGCCCGCCGCCAAUCAUUGAGAAGGCCGAGAGGAUCGGCGAUAUCAAGACCGCGUAA